CCAGGCAGCCCUGGGUGCCGGCCUCGGGGUCCCCGCCGCGCCAGGGUGUGGCGCCGGGUCGGGCUCCGAGCCACGGAGAUCCUCGCUCAGAGCAGCCUCCGGUCGCGGCCGCGCAGAACGGAAAGAAAACACGUUUUCCUGGCAGGCGAGGACAAGAGUUUAUGCCCGUAUCGGAAGCAGCGUCCAGGAAAGUGGGGAAGGAUGUAGGCCCACAGCCCUGGGCCAGAGGAGCGUGCCGUCUGCCCCCAGGUGCGGUCAGGAUGGGCCCCCUGGGCAAGCAGAGCCUCUCGUCCGAGCCGGCCCCCAUGGGAGGGUCUUGCCUCCUCCUCCUCUUCUGCCUUCGCCUGGGCACCUCCUGCCCGCAGAGCUGCCAGUGCCCCGACCACAAUGGGGACGUGGCCGUCCACUGUAGCGCGAGCGGCCUGCAGGAGAUCCCCAAGGACAUCCCCGCCAACGCCGUGUUCCUGAAGCUCGACGCCAACAAGAUCGCCCGCGUCCCCAACGGAGCCUUCCAGCACCUGAGCCAGCUGAGAGAGCUGAACCUGUCCCAGAACGCCAUCGAGACCAUCGGCCCCGCUGCCUUCUCGGGCCUGGCGGGGGGCCUGCGGCUGCUGGACCUGUCUCACAAUCGCAUCCGCAGGAUUCCCAAGGACGCCCUGAGCAAGCUCAACGCCAAGAUCCGCCUGUCCCACAACCCCCUGCACUGUGAGUGUGCCCUGCAGGAGGUCCUGUGGAAGCUGAAGCUGGACCCCGACUCAGUGGACGAGAUCGCCUGCCACACCUCCGUGCAGGAGGAGUACGUGGGGAAGCCGCUGAUCCAGGCCCUGGAUGCCGGCGUCAGCUUCUGCAGCACCCACCACAAGACCACCGACGUGGCCAUGCUGGUCACCAUGUUCGGCUGGUUCGCCAUGGUGAUCACCUACGUCGUGUACUAUGUGCGUCAGAACCAGGAGGAUGCCAGGAGACACCUGGAGUACCUGAAAUCCCUGCCCAGCACCCCCGUGUCCAAGGACCCCCUCGGCCCUGCAUCCUAGUGCCCGCGGAGUGCCAUCACCCUGUGGCAGGUGGUGACUGACUCACGCCCCUGGCGUUCCCCCGGCCAGGUGGCAGUCACAGCUACUUCUGUGCAGUGCACACUGGCCGAACACUUCCUCCAACUGCACUGAGUCACCGCAACGCCCUUCGAGCCAGGGAAUGCUCCCAUCAGACCCGCUGACGGAGGGAGACACGAAAGCUCAGAGGACGGACCGACUUGCCCGUGAUGACACAGUCAGGAAACGAUCCGGUCGGGACUUAAAACCGGGCUGCCUCCAAGAUGUCCCUCCCACUCGCAAGCCUCUCCCGUGUGGCCCCCGUGGGAGUGAACGGGCUUGUCGUGUUCAUGACUACGGAUAUCCCCGGUGGAGUGUGGGGUGCAGAUUCACCUGUCGAGGGCACAGGUGGCCCUACCCUGCGGGACGGACUCGCCUCUGCCCCCCUAGUAUUUCCUGAACCCGUUGGACCACAGAAUCUGUCCAGAGCCAAGUAGGAGAGGCCAGGUUUGCUGGAGAGGGAAGGGAGGGAACAACCGUGUUUAUUCUCAGAAUGAUGGUGAGGAAUAACACUUGGACCCAAACUUCAGUCCGGUGAGAGGGGGGAAACACCCCAAACCUGAAACCAAAACACCGCAGAGAGGAACCCGAGGACAAGCUCGGCCUGCCUGGGUCCCACCGCUGUCUGCCUGGCUUGUGGGAACGCCGGUCAUCGCUGGCCGCCGCCGUGCCUUGCUUUUCUACUCACCAACACCUACAGCAGCUCCUUUCAAAGGGCAGGACUGAUGAGGGAUGUUUCAAGGCCAAUCAACGGGACUCCUCCUUUUCUCCAACAACAAGUUCUCUCUCUCUCUCUCUCUCUCUCUCUCUCUCUCUCUCUC